AUGCUCAAUUUCGAUGAACCACAAUGCAAAAAUCCAUCCUGUUUCUUCUGCAGCAUGAAAGAGACGAACCCUUUUCGUCGAAGAUCGAAACUCGCCGCAAUUUUCAAAGAGAUUCCUUGUACCGAGUCCAAAGACCAUGUCUUGGUCUUGAGUGGUCUGUGGAACAUAGCCAUGUCCGAGCCUGACGAUCCUGAGUUUCCAUCACUCGGUUUGUUCGAGUGUAUGUCAAAACUCAUACAGAAAUCAAUCAGAAACAGAGCUUGGCUUCUCAAAGACCAAAACAUAUUCAUUCCUUAUUAUGCAGCUCAUAUCAUCGGAUCAUAUGUUAUGAACAAGGAAGAUUUGGCUGCAAGAGCGGUUGAUUCAAAGGUCUUUGUUGUUCCUGCUUUGUUGGAGCUUCUUAGAGGGAAAAUCAGUUGGGUUGAGCAGAGAGCCGCGGCUCGAGCACUUGGUCACUUAGCUAGCCACGAGAAGAGCUUUGAAGCGGUUUCUUUGUUCGAAGAAGAAAUUGUGAAGCUUUCGAUGGAAAUUGCUAGUAACUGUUUGAAGAAUGUUUACAGAAGCUUUCUUGGGGUUGAAGAUAGGUUGAGGUUGAAGUAUCAAAGCGAUUUGUUGACGAGAGGGCUAGGUGGGUUAGAGACAGAGAAUCAAAAAGCAGAGGAAUGGGGGAUUCAGCUACAAUGUUGGUCUUUAUAUCUGUUGAAUUGUUUCGCAUUGCGAGUAAACCGGAAGUCUCCAGGAGGAAUUGGAUUGAUUAAGACUCUGUGUAAAACAGAGUUGGGUAGAAGCAAAGUAAGCGAGGUUAAAGAAGUGAUUGAGAGACUUUGCGAUCUUUCGAGAUCGUCUGAUGAUUGGAAAAUUAUGGCUUUAGAUGCCCUUUUAAUGCUUCUUAGAGAUUCGAAUGUUAGAAUAGCUCAGAUAGUUUUACAAGAUUAUCACAAGAUUAAAUAUAGUGGCUUGAAGAUGAACAGCGAGGACGCUCAGAGAAGCAUAGAGAAUCUUUGGGAGAUUAAAGUAGAGAGGAAGAAGAAGGAGAAGCUUAUGAGUGAAACAGAGCUUGGAGAGAGGAGAAAGAUGGUGAAAUCGUUGAAGAAACAAGGGAAGAAGAAGUUUUUGAUGGGUUUUGUAAAAGAAGCAAUGGAGAUUUAUACAGUGGGGAUUGGUUUGUGUCCAUUGGAUAUGAUACGAGAUAGGGUUGUGUUGUAUAGCAACAGAGCUCAGUGUUGCUUGUUGUUGAAGAAAGCUGAGUCCGCCAUUAGUGAUGCUACUAGAGCUCUGUGCUUAUCUGGUGUGGAUGAUCCACAUGGUAAGAGUUUGUGGAGAAGAUCUCAAGCGUACGAUUUAAAAGGGUCGGCGAGAGAGAGCUUGAUGGAUUGUUUGGCGUUCGUAGAUCAACGACUCAAGCGUUCUAGUCCGGAAAAGAUACCCUACUACGCGACGCAGAUGAUAAGAAAGCAGAUGAGUGCCACGUGGGUUUUUUCGUGGGUUAAUUUCACAACCAGAAAAUCGGACGGUUGA